AUGAACCGCACAACACUAUCAAAAGCGCUCUCCCGCACCCCCAACCUCUCCCGCCCCUCCUCCUCUACCUCCUAUGCCCCACCCAAAAAAUCCACCGGCCGUGCCCUCUCAGCGUCCACCCUCCGCUCGCUGGUCUCCCUCCACCACUCCUCAGCAGGCUUCCUCCACUCCCCCACAGAACUCCCAGUAGGCUUCGAGAAUGCCUUCAGGCAUACCAAACCCCCUGCGUUCGACACCUACGAGGACUUCCGUAGAUCCGUCCAUGCGACGCAGGCCCUCCACCCACCGGGAGGGAUGGAGAACUUGGUAGAGAAGGGUACUGUGCUGGACUCGUCCAAGGCUGGCGUGUAUACUGGCACGCAAAAGGCGUUCAAGAGAUUGCCCUCGGCGCAGGGACUGGUGUCAGAGACGGACGGCGUCAAAUCUUCGGACAGAGCAUUAUCAGAGAGGCAGAUGAGAGUUAAGGAGGCCAUCUACGGUACUUGGGAGAGGGGAGGGUCAGGGAUGAACAGGGCCGAGCCGGCAUUAGAUGGCGUACUGGAAUAUAUUGAGGCGAAGGGCAAGACGGUGGGCGAGUACGCGCAGGAAUGGGAGAAGAGGGACGCCGAGUAA